AUGGCGCUUCCUCGCUCUACCAGUCAUGAGCGAAACAUCUUGCGACCGCGGCCGACCAGGGCGCUACCGGACGCCUUGCGAGCUGCUGGCCAGGGCCUGAAUGGCUUUGCUGAUGUCUCCUCGAGCAUCUCCAGGCAUGUUACCUCCUUCCAUCCUCCAGGACUGCGUGGCCGCUCCACGCCAGUUCCUCAAGAUGCACCGCCUUCGGUUCAAUCCCUUUCCACGGCGAGAAAAGCCGCUCGUGCUCAGGCGAAGCACCGCUUGUUCUACACGAUCGACUACGUGUCCCGGGUCUCCUACUUCGAUGCGCGGAGCGAAUACCGCGAUUUCCGAGGCUUCUUCGUCCUCUUUUGGAUCAGUCUGACCAUCAUGGUUAUCACAACGUGCUUGAGGAACAUCAAAGAGACGGGUCACCCUCUGCGGGUAGAGGUAUAUGCUCUGCUAUCCCGGAAUGUCAUUUCUCUGGGUCUCAGCGAUGCGGCCAUGGUAGCAAGCACCGCGCUGAGUCUGCCCAUCCAAAAAUUGGCACGAGGCACGAAUGGCGUCUUGCGAUGGCGACGAGCUGGAAUCUGGAUACAGAGCACGUUUCAAGCACUAUGGCUAGCAUUGUGGGUGAGCUGGCCGUUCUUGCUAGGCUGGACCUGGACUGCGCAGGUGUUUUUCGCUCUCCACACCUUGACCUUUCUCAUGAAGAUGCACUCCUACGCCUUCUACAAUGGCCAUUUGAGUGAGACCGAGCGACGCCUGCGUGCCCUCGACAAGCCAGAAACGGCAGACCUGGGCAGGGCCGUCAAAUACCCCAGCUCUCCAUCUCGCCUGCGCCAGAUGGACUCAGAGAGUUCCGAGGAAGAGAAAGAAGAUGAGCAAGAUCUGGCCCAGCUCCGUCAAGAUUUGGCAACUGAGUUGACUUCUCCCCUUGGACAAGUCACUUACCCCCAAAAUCUCACACUGUACAAUUAUGCAGACUACAUCUUAUGCCCGACUCUUUGUUACGAGCUCGAGUAUCCAAGGACACCUAAAAUCCGAUGGGAUGAGCUCUUCUACAAGACCCUUGCCGUCUUCGGCUGCAUCUUUUUGAUGAUCACAAUCAGCGAGGAAUUCAUCAUGCCCGUGCUGGCCGAUUCAGCUUCCCGGCUGCGUCUGACGACAUCUCUCUCAGAAAUGGCCUUGAUAUUGGCCGAGACCACGAGCAUGAUGCUGUUUCCGUUUAUGAUCACCUUCCUCCUAGUCUUUCUAGUGAUCUGGGAGUACAUCUUGGGCGCUUUCGCAGAAAUCACCUGCUUUGCCGAUCGCCAUUUCUACUCAGACUGGUGGAAUUCCAGCGACUGGCUCGAGUUCAGCCGGGAGUGGAACAUCCCUGUCUACCACUUCUUGCGCCGACACGUUUUCUUCUCGUCCAAGACGUACUUCUCGACUCCCGUGGCCAUGACAAUCACCUUUCUGGUCAGCGCCCUGGGCCAUGAGCUGAUCAUGGGUUGCAUCACCAAGAAACUGCGUGGGUACGGCUUCUUUGCAAUGAUGCUUCAACUGCCGAUAGUAGCACUGCAGAGGAGCAAACUGGUUCGGGGCCGGUGGGUGCUCAAUAACGCCGCUUUUUGGGGUAGCAUGAUUCUGGGCUUGAGCACGAUGUGCAGCUUGUACGUCCUAGUUUAA